AUGUGCCGGGCGGUGCCCGUGGAUGUGCUGCAGACGCUGGGCAUGCAGGAUGGUCGGGAUGGCGUCUCCGUCACUGCCGGGAUCUGUCCGCAGCGCCCGGGGACCGAAGACCCCGAUUUCGCUUUCCGCGUGGACAACCGCACCCAGCUCAGCGCACCCACCCGGCAGCUCUUCCCCAACGGCUCCUUCCCCGAGGACUUCUCCAUCCUGGCCACGGUGCGUGCCCGGCGCGGAGGACAAGCCUUCCUGCUCUCCAUCUAUGACGAGCGAGGCGUGCAGCAGCUGGGCGUGGAGAUCGGACUCUCGCCCGUCUUCCUCUACGAGGACCAGGAGGGGCAGCCGGCCCCCGAGCGGUACCCCGUUUUCCGUAGGGUCAACCUGGCUGACGGCAGGUGGCACCGCGUGGCGCUGGCCGUGGAGGGCACCAACGUCUCCUUGCUGGUGGAUUGCCACCUCCUCGCCACGCUGCCGCUGGAGCGGGGACCUCAGCCCCUCGUUAGCACCGAGGGGGUGACGAUUUUCGGGGCCCGCCUCCUGGAUGAGGAGGUCUUCGAGGGUGAUGUCCAGCAACUGCUGAUCGUGGCCGACCCCGAGGCUGCCCGCUCCUACUGCCAGCUCUACAUGCCAGGCUGCGACCAGCCCCUCCUCUACCCCCUGCUAGCCCCCUUCCCGGAGGAGAGUGGCCCGGAGCCCACCGCCACCCCACGUAGGAAGGGCAAGAAGGGAAAGGGGAAAGGCAAGCGCAAGGGCAAGGGCAAGAAGAAGAGGAACAAGGAGCUGCUGGAGCAGCAUGAGGCCUCCGUGCCCUCUGUCGCGGCCAGCCAGGCCAGCGCACCCACGCCGACGCCGUCCGCGGAGGAGAGCUCCCCGCCGCCGCUUCCCUCCAGCCUUGCCACCACCGUGAGCGUCACCCUGAACGGCACGGACCCCUUCAAGGACACUGGUGAGGAGCUUGUGCUUGAACUUGAGGAGGAUGGAGUUGCUGGGGCUGGCAGCACGGAGCUGCUGGGCUACGAGGACUACUACGAUGGGGACCCUGCGAGCCGGGAGCGGUUUGGACCCGCUGAGCGGGAGGAGACGGUGAUCCAGGCUCCUCAGGAGCCCAGCUUGAAGGGGGAGAAGGGUGAACCAGCCAUCGUGGAGCCGGGUCGGCGAUUCGAGGGGCCGCCAGGACCCCCAGGCCCUGUGGGGGAAACAGGUCCCCUGGGACCACCAGGGCUCCCAGGGCUGCCCGGGGACCCCGGAGAUCAGUUUGGCGGAGACUCCCUCAAGGGUCCCACCGUCUCUUUCCAAGAAGCCCAAGCCCAAGCCAUCCUGCAGCAGGCAAAACUUGCCAUGAAGGGUCCCCCAGGCCCCAUGGGGCUGACUGGCCGCCCAGGACCGCUGGGUCUACCUGGACACCCGGGUCUGAAAGGAGACGCGGGAGACGUGGGGCCACGGGGUCCCCGGGGAAUGCAGGGACCACCGGGGCCACCGGGAAAGCUGGGCAGACGGGGUCGUGCUGGAGCAGACGGUGCCAGGGGUCUCCCGGGGGAAACCGGACCCAAGGGUGACAGAGGCUUCGACGGGCUGCCAGGGCUACCGGGCGAGAAAGGCCACAGGGGUGACGUGGGGAAGCCAGGACCAGCGGGUCCCCCUGGGGAGAAAGGCACCAAAGGCUCGGACGGGCUCCCGGGACCUCGGGGGCAGCCUGGGGAACCCGGUAUGCGAGGCCUGAUCGGCUCACGCGGCUCCCCGGGACUCCCCGGACCACCGGGUGCCAGCGGCAUCGACGGAGCACCAGGGCCCAAAGGCAAUGUGGGAAUCCACGGGGAGCCAGGACCCCCGGGACAGCAAGGGAACCCCGGUCCGCAGGGUCUGCCCGGCCCCCAGGGUCCUGUCGGGCUGCCAGGGGAGAAGGGCCCUCCAGGGAAGCCAGGAAUACAGGGGGUGGCUGGGGCCGACGGGCCCCCGGGGCACCCCGGCCGAGAAGGGCCAGCCGGAGAGAAGGGCCUCCAGGGUCCUGUGGGUGCUCCUGGGCCUGUUGGCUACCCGGGACCCCGUGGGGUGAAGGGAGCUUUCGGCGUGCGGGGUCUGAAGGGCAGCAAAGGGGAGAAGGGAGAAGAUGGAUUCCCCGGCUUUAAGGGGGACAUGGGCCCCAAGGGCGACAGGGGUGACCAGGGCCUGCUGGGUCCCCGUGGCGAGGACGGCCCCGAGGGGCUGAAGGGGCAGACGGGUCCCGUGGGGGAGCCGGGCGCUCCUGGCCCUGCAGGCGAGAAGGGAAAGCUGGGAGUGCCAGGACUCCCGGGCUAUCCCGGGCGCCAGGGCCCCAAGGGCUCUACUGGCUUCCAGGGUCCCAUGGGGCUGGCGGGAGAGAAAGGCAAAAGGGGCAAGGCCGGCCAGGCUGGGCAGACGGGACAGCGAGGGCCCCCGGGCCUCCCAGGGGAGCGAGGUCUGCCCGGUCCCACGGGAAAACCCGGCCCAAAGGGAGAUCCUGGCCAUGACGGGGCCCCCGGCGCAGUGGGAGAGAAGGGUCCUCAGGGUCCACAGGGACCCAACGGCUUCCCGGGCACGAAAGGUCCCCCCGGUCCCGCCGGGAAGGACGGCUUGCCAGGACACCCGGGACAGCGCGGCGAGCCGGGGUUUCAUGGCAAAACCGGCCCCCCUGGCCCCACAGGGGUGGUGGGACCCCAGGGUAAAUUAGGCGAGACGGGACCUGUGGGAGAGAGGGGGCACCCAGGCCCCCCCGGCCCCCCUGGGGAACAGGGCCUGCCUGGAGCUGCUGGCCGAGAAGGAGCCAAGGGUGACCCUGGCCCCGCUGGUAUCCCCGGAAAGAGCGGCCCCCCAGGCAUCCACGGCUUUCCUGGCACACGGGGGGCACACGGAGAGACGGGUCCACCUGGCUUGAAGGGUGGGGAAGGGCCCCCUGGUCCCCCCGGACCCACCGGUUCCCCUGGAGAGCGAGGCCCUGUAGGGGCUGCUGGAGGCAUUGGACUGCCAGGCCGGGGGGGUGCACAGGGCCCCCCCGGUCCCAUUGGCGAGAAGGGCUCCCCGGGUGAGCGGGGUCCCACGGGUCCAGCCGGGCAUGACGGGAUCCAGGGUCCCGUGGGGCUGCCGGGUCCGGGCGGACCCCCCGGCCCUGCUGGGGAAGACGGGGACAAGGGCGAGAUGGGGCUUCCUGGCCAGAAGGGCAGCAAAGGCGACAAGGGUGAGGCGGGCCCCCCGGGACCGACAGGAAUCCAGGGACCCAUCGGGCACCCUGGCCCCGCGGGAGCGGACGGGGAGCCGGGGCGCCGCGGGCAGCAGGGGAUGUUUGGGCAGAAAGGAGACGAGGGAUCGCGGGGUCACCUUGGCCUAAGUGGCCCCCCUGGCCUGCAGGGCAUGCCGGGCCCACCGGGCGAGAAGGGUGAGAAUGGAGACGUUGGCCCCAUGGGCCCCCCCGGUGCACCGGGCCCCCGUGGACCACAAGGACCCAGCGGUGCUGAGGGCCCCCAGGGAAUGCCAGGCGGCGUGGGACAGCCGGGUGCCGUGGGAGAAAAGGGUGAGCCGGGCGAAGCGGGAGAUCCUGGAGCCCCGGGGGAGCCCGGACCACCCGGUGUGAAGGGAGAUGUGGGGGAGAAGGGAGACGCGGGGCAGUCGGGAGCAGCUGGACCCCCUGGCAAGAAGGGCCCACCAGGAGAGGACGGAGCCAAAGGCAACCUGGGUCCCAUCGGCUUCCCCGGUGAUCCCGGACCCCCCGGAGACCCCGGCGUGCCGGGUCUGGAUGGAGCUGCUGGAGAGAAGGGUGACAGUGGGGACCCCGGUCUGCCGGGUCCACCAGGCGCAUCAGGGGAGCCGGGUCCCCCAGGUCCCCCCGGACGGAGGGGACCCGUGGGACCGAUGGGGCGCGAGGGCCGGCAGGGCGAGAAGGGUGCCAAGGGACAGCCUGGCACAGAGGGACCACCCGGGAAGAUGGGCCCUGUGGGGCCACAGGGGCCACCAGGACGGCCAGGCUCUGAAGGACUGCGUGGGAUCCCCGGCCCUGCCGGUGAACAAGGCUUGUUGGGGGCUCCGGGACAAGCGGGACCACCCGGCCCCCUGGGUCCUGUGGGUUUGCCGGGCCUCAAGGGAGACCCCGGCCACAAGGGAGAUAAGGGCCACGCUGGACUGAUUGGGCUCAUUGGACCGCCAGGAGAGAUGGGGGAGAAAGGAGACCAGGGGCUCCCGGGUAUCCAGGGCCCCCCAGGACCCAAAGGAGAUCCUGGUCUGGCUGGACCCACCGGCCCCACCGGGCCCCCCGGCCCCCCCGGGCUCUCGGUGAGUAUCUGCCUGCGCUGUGUGGGUUCACCAAGGGUCUCCUGCCUGCCCUUAGCUCCCCCGCAGACCCCUGGGGGCUUCAUCCCCAGGAGGGGACCCUUGGGCCAGAAGGGCUCCAAAGGCUCACCGGGCCGCCCAGCUGAGCUGCUCGAGCCACUGCCCUCCAGCCGGAACAGGAGGCACCGGCGAGCAACUGAAGGGGCUCUGGGGGAGCAGGGACCCCCCCCGGAUUAUGAGGGGCUGGAGGAGGUGUACGCCUCGCUCAGCUCCUUGCGCACGGAGGUGGAGCAGCUGAGACGCCCCCUGGGCACCCCCGAGAGCCCCGCGCGGGUCUGCAGGGAGCUGCAGCUUUGCCACCCGCACCUCCAGGACGGCGAGUACUGGAUUGAUCCCAACCAGGGCUGCUCCCGAGACGCCUUCCGGGUGUUCUGUAACUUCACGGCCGGCGGCGAGACCUGUCUUUUCCCCGAUAAGAAGUUUGAGGCUGUCCGACUGGCCGCCUGGAACAGGGAGAAGCCGGGGACGUGGUACAGCACCUUCAAAAGGGGCAAGAAGUUCUCCUACGUGGACGCGGAUGGGAAUGCCGUACCCGUGACCCAACUCACCUUCCUGCGUCUCCUGAGUGCCAGCGCCCGCCAGAACUUCACGCUGAAUUGCCAACACGCAGCCGCCUGGUACGACGCCCGCGCCGGCACCUUUGCCCGUGCCCUGCGCUUCCGCGGCGCCAACGAAGAGGAGCUGGGGCACAACCCCCCGGCUGCCCCCAUCC